AUGAGGACACAGCUGCCAAAUUUUUUACAUAAGGAAAUUAUUGUUACUUUAAAAUUAUAUUUAUCAAUGCAGUUUGAGGGGGCUGAAUGGGACCGCUCCUCGCCUCCCACAGAGCGCCUGCGUCCCCCAGGGCUCAGGUCCAGCCCCAUGAAGUUCCGGAUGCCCCAGGAAGGACUCACAAUGGUCGGGGAGAGAGUGGACCCUACACUACCCCUGGAGAAGCAAGUAUGGUACCAUGGUUCACUGUCUCGGUCAGACGCAGAGGCACUGUUAACACUGUGUAAAGAAUGUAGCUACUUGGUGAGGACUAGCCAAACCAACCACACUGACUACUCCCUUUCCUUACGGAGCUGCCAGGGCUUUAUGCACAUGAAGUUCACCCGAUGCAAAGAUGGGAAGUAUGUGCUGGGACAGAACAGCCCCCCGUUUGACACCAUCCCAGAGGUCAUCCAUUUUUACACCACACACAAACUCCCGAUCCGUGGAGCGGAGCACUUGUCCCUGCUGUUCCCAGUGCUGGUGCAGACUCUCUGAAUCUUGUGAGUUCUCCAACACUGGACAUGCAAACAGCUGAAUGUUAAAUGUGUGCCACUGCCUCCUUUGAGACAGAGUGGUGCACUGCCUUUGAGGACUUGUGCCAAGCUUCUGACAUCAACAUAGCAAAUUGAUUCACGUGAAAUGCAAUACUAUGGAUCUUUUUUCUAGAACUGUUUUUCAUUAUUUUGAACACCUGAAAUUCCCAUUUGAACCAAUCAUUUCUCAUAAAUAAAACUGUGGACUCUAACUCUCUGAGCGCUGUACCAGACAUAAAGCGAGGUAAAGCAUUAUCACAACUAACCUUUAGUGCAGAUGUUUUGUGAUGUGAUGAUUGCUGGUUCAUAGUCUGCUGAUCUACAACUAACUGAAAUACACUGUGUUUGACAUAUCCUUUUCAGAACCAGUGUUAAACAUGAACAAACUUGUUGAAUGCAAUUUUCAGCCUUUUUUUUCUCACAGAACUUGUCAGUUGUUGUAAUUGUUAUGCUUGAUUGGUAUUUCCUCAUCUAAAAAUGGGUUAUGGCAGAUAAAAGAUUAUUAUGUCAGAAUAACCAUCAAAUGCUUACAUUUUGAAUCCCAGCAAAAUUUUACCAUCUGCAAAGGUAAUGAAUGGGUCUCUGCUACAGUCGCUGUACUUACCUUGGUAAUAUUCAGUCCAUCUAUCAAUGUAAUUUUCUGCCUUGCUCUGGGAAUUUUGUUUUACAGAUAUCAGUGUUGAUAUUUUUGGUUUCCAUUGUAAUUGUUAAAUUUGGUUUUGCCAGUGAGACCAUCUAGAAAUGUAAACUUCAUUUAUUUUUCAACUUUUCUCUGGAGAGAUGAUACCUUAUUACUUUGAUUACUGGCCAUUUUCCAGUUUGUACUUAGCCAGCCAGUCAUGUGAGUAGAUGGAAGUGGGCAGUUGUGUUGGAGGUACAUACUUACCAUCUGGAGUGAGUUCCAGUGAUGUUGGAACGCUUGCAACCUUUUAAAGUAUUACUGAAAAGAAAAGUGUUAUUUGUUUUUAUGUCAUGUAUGUUGCCUGAUAAAUUAUUAUUGUCACCAAAAAAAUGCAGAUUAUGAUUUAUCCCUUGUCGAUGCCUUUCAUUUGACCUUUUGAUUAGAUUAAAAUGAAAAUCAUCUUAAAAAUCUUAUUAUCAUGAAUAAUUACAUUUAUACAACAGACCGUUCUUCAGACACAAAAGGAGAAAAAUCUACACAAAGGAUUUGGCAAAAUUGCGCGUCUCACAUAUGCAAACACUCGCACAUCCCCAUCUUCCAAU